GUUCAUAAUUUGUUUGGCAAUGCGGCAGUCAGCUUCUCUAUGGACUGCCAAAGGUAAAUUCCAAAUUGUAAGCUUGAAUCGAAUCGAGUGUUAUGUUUUCGCGUACCCCCAAGCCACGGGCCAUGUUCAAGCAGUGGUACAAGUGGAUACAGAAUCGUCCCUCAAAAAGAAUGGCUGUCACGCACUUGGAAUUGCCCGAUAAAUCCGAGGGCGACAAAAAACAAUAUCGCAUACUCAACCUAUCGAAUGGCGUCAAUGCCAUGCUCAUCUCCGAUCCCACCACGCCCGAAGGCAGCGCGUCGAGUCUGUCGGCAGCGAAAACACCGAGUAAACAGAGUUCCACAACAACGUUGGAGCAGUUCCAUGGCAAGUUGGCGGCAUGUGCUGUUCUCGUUAACGUUGGUUCCUUUAGUGAACCGUACGAGUAUCCGGGAAUGGCGCAUUUCCUGGAGCACAUGAUCUUCAUGGGUUCCACAAAGUAUCCCGAGGAGAAUGCCUUUGAUUCGUUUAUAGCCAAGUGCGGCGGGUUUAGUAAUGCACACACAGAGAACGAAGACACUUGCUUCUACUUCGAGGUGGAGGAACAGUAUCUGGACAAAACCAUGGACAUGUUUAUGAAUCUCAUGAAGUCGCCACUCAUGCGGCAGGAUUCCAUGACACGUGAACGUUCCGCCGUGCAAUCGGAGUUCGAGCAGGUUUAUCUGGUGGAUGAAGUGCGUCGCGAUCAGAUACUCGCCAGCAUGGCGGGCGAAGGUUAUCCGCAUCGCACGUUCAGUUGGGGUAACAUGAAGUCCCUCAAGGAGAUGGUCGAUGACGAUCAUCUGCACCAGACACUGCACGAAUUCCGGCGCAAGCAUUAUGGCUCCAAUCGCAUGAAAGUCUGCCUACAGGCGACGCUCUCGCUGGACGAGUUGGAGGAGCUGCUGGUUCGCCAUUGUUCCACCAUACCGCAGAGUGACGAGCCGCCGUUGGAUAUCUCGAAGUAUAACUACAGAGACGCCUUUCAGGAUAGGUUCUUCAAAGAGGUGCUGCUCGUGCAGCCCAUGGAGGAUGUGUGUAAGCUGGAGAUGACCUGGGUGUUGCCUCCGAUGCGUAACUACUACAAAUGCAAGCCGGACACGUUCAUUGCCCAUCUGCUGGGUUACGAAGGCGUUGGUAGUCUCUGCUCCUACUUGCGACGUCGCCUCUGGUGCAUGAGCAUCAUGUCCGGCGUUGGAGCCGGCAGUUUUGACACCAAUUCCAUCUAUUCGUUGUUCAACAUCUGUAUUCAUUUAACCGACGAGGGUUUCGCACAUUUGGACGAUGUGAUUGCCGCCACUUUCGCUUGGAUACGCCUCAUCAACGAGUGCAACACGCUGUAUGAACCCUACGGAGAAUUGCAACAAAUUGCGGCCAAUAAUUUUCGUUUUCAAAUCGAAAUUCCCUCCAUGGACAAUGUGCAAAGCAUUGUCGAUGGAAUGCGAUUUCUGCCACCCAAAGAUGCACUCACCGGUAGCCAGCUAUACUUUGACUACGAUGAGGCAGUGAUGCAGAUGGUCCGACAACAUCUAACGGAGUUCCGGUUUAACAUUAUGAUCUCAUCGCACAUACGCUACGAGCACCACGAUUACGAUCGUCGAGAACCCUGGUUUGGCACCUACUACACUAGCAUUGGCAUGCCCGACAAGUGGCAGGAAAUGUGGCACAAUCCUGUGCCACAUGCGGAACUUACGCUACCCCAACCGAAUCCUUUUGUGACAACAGACUUUACGUUGCAGUGGCUGCAUGCUGGCAAGCCGCAUCUUUCGAGGCGUCCCAAGCCGCUGAUUCGCAAUGAUAUUUGCGAGUUGUGGUUUCGCCAGGAUGACACGUUUCUGCUGCCCGAUGGCUAUGUUAACAUCUACAUGAUCACGCCCAUUAUGCGUCGCAGUGCGCGGGAUUAUGUGACGGGCGUGCUGUUCACCUACCUGGUGGAGUUCUACAUCGCGGAGGAGUUGUACCCGGCGUUGAUGGCGGGUCUGACAUAUGGAUUAGAUGCAGCCGAGAAGGGUUUGAUACUGCGUGUCAGCGGGUACAAUCAGAAACUGCCGCUGCUCAUCGACAUCAUAGUUAGGGUGAUGAAAAAUCUUGUUGUAGACGUAGCUCAAGUAAUGUCCUUCAGAGAGCUGAAAAAGCGACAGCUCUUCAAUGCGGUCAUCAAUAGUAAAUCACUCAAUCUCGAUUUGCGUCUCUCGGUGCUGGAGCAAAUGCGUUUUACCUUAAUGGAAAAGUAUGAGAUUGUCGACAACAUCACUGUGGAUGAUAUACUCAAGUUCAGGGAUAACUUUUAUAAACAAAUGUACGUUCAAGCGCUUAUACAGGGCAACUUUACGGAGCAGGAGGCAAGAGACAUUACACAAAAGAUACUGAACACUUAUGAGAACCAGAAGAUCGAUAAUCUAAUCGAUCAGCACAAUCGCAUCAUGCAACUGCCAAUGGGCGAGCAUUAUUUGCGGGUAAAGACGCUCAACGGGGAGGAUCCCAAUACAAUUAUUGUCAACUACUAUCAGAUUGGCCCAGCCACCAUCAAGAUGGAGGCCAUGCUAGAUCUCGUUGAUCUAAUUGUAGAGGAGCCUUUCUUCAAUCAACUUCGCACCAAGGAACAACUCUGCUAUAGUCUGGGCAUCUUUCAGCGCAUUGGCUACGGCAUUAUGGCUUAUAUGCUGAUCAUCAAUACGCAGGAGACGAAAUUCAAUGCUGAUUAUGUUGACAAGCGUCUGGAGGCUUUUCGAUUGAGAGUACCCAUCAUAAUCUCUGAGUUGAGUGACGAGGAGUUUGAGCAAAUGAAGGACGCGCUGCUCAAUAAUAAAAGGCUGGGAGAUCAUGGCCUCUUCGAUGAGAUGGUGCGCAAUUGGGGUGAGAUUGUUAGCAUGGAGUAUGUGUUCAAUCGGAAUGAGAUACAAAUUCAAAUACUACCGAGCAUCACCAAGCAGGAUAUUCUCGAGUUUCUUGCCUUCAACCAGGACACCAAUAUGCGCAAACUCUCGGUGCAGGUUGUCGGCUCAUCGAAGGUAUCACGUCGUUCGCUUACAGAUCUGCCCGAAGCCAUCUCCGAUGCGGUGAGCGCGCGUCACAGCUCAUCAACCGGACUGGCUAGAAGACCGGGAUCCUUGGCCAUCAUUUUGGAUGAGGUGCAGCGCAAUAUAUCCGAGGAGCAGCUGCUGUUCGAGCAGAUUGGUGACCGCAUCCAUUUGGAGUUUAUUGGCGAUACAGGUGAUGACAAGCACAUCAUGGACGUGGCGGCUUUCAAAAAGAAACUGUUUGUCUAUCCUCACAUUGUCGUCAAUCCCAAAUAUCACGGGUUAUAGUCAGCGUCGACGUUCAGUCUCUGGUAACUGUACAACAUUAUUAUUAUUUGUCGAGCUGCUGCUGCUGCUGGCAACGCAAGUAAACAAACUUCAGGAGGAUGGAAAAGCAACGUGAAACAUCGCUAAUGGUUGGCGCUGUUUGCUGUGGGGGAACUUUUCGCUUUGAACCGUAGGAAAUGGCAAUUGCUGGGCAACUGUUGCUGACACAUAUUGCGGCUGCUGUUACAUACAACCACAGUAACAGUAACAACAAUAAUAAUUCUAAAUUAUUGUGUAUAUGUAUGCAUAAAUAAGACAAAUACUGAGAGCAAAUGCGUAGGCUUGACUACUAAAUACUCUAAAAGUAAGCUAACUUAAGACGAACCAAAGAAUUGUUGUAAUUAAUUUUAGAUGGAUUUCCAAAAUCUUUGUACUUUCAUUCCUGAUGACUUUGAAGAGAAAACUAAAGUAGUGACUAGCCAAAAAAGUACUGUUAAUUAAAUGCAUUUCAUAUAAUUAUGUAUACAUCAAAUAAAUGUCUUUAGCACUCAGCAUAAAUGAAGAAACUAUUGC